GCCUCGUUCGCAGCAACAGCGAGCGGGGCUGUAGAGAGUGUUCCAUUCUCUCCUUUUGAAUCCUCGAAAGCUACGCAUCCAUCUCUUCUUUUCUCCUCUGAUUCGUGAUCUCUCGCCGUUUCUCUCUGUUUCGAUCCCUAAUUUUGCUCUCAUCUCUCUCCCAAUCGUUUUUUUUCCUUUUGAUUCGGCUGCUUUCAGUGGAGGAGAACCGGAUUUAGAGUUGGAGUUUAUGGGAGGUGGAUGUUUAGGUGUUUUUCGGAUGUUUCGUGGUGUUUGAUUGAGCUUUGUCUCUGUUUCUUCUGGCCUUGACGAAUCUUAUUGGUGCAUAGCAUCUGUGCUUCAAGUUGAGAAUUUUGCCCCAUGUCGGUGAUACUACUAUUAUUAUUAUUAUGAGUGGCAGUAGAGUGGAGGUGAUUGAAAGCAGGAGGUGCUCAAGGCUCUUUGUUGGUUCUUCCACUCCUGGCCGUUCUCCAAACAAUCGGAAAUCCAACACAAAAAUGGCGCUGACUUCUCCUGCUCAUCAACAAUCUAGUGCUUCUGGGGGUUUGGGACCAUUCACCGGUCUUGUAAUAUGUGUAACUGGGCUGUCUAAAGAAGCAAGGAAUCAAGUCAUGGCUGCAACUGAAAGGCUAGGCGGACAAUACAGUGCAAGUUUGCAUCCUCACUGUACUCAUCUUGUGGUCCAGAGCUUUGAUGGGCGUAAAUUUGAACAUGCUUUGAAGCAUGGAUCAAGGAAUGGCCUCUUGAUUGUGUCAUUGGGCUGGUUUGUAGAUAGUGUCAGAAGGAAUGUGAGAUUAAGUGAGUCUCUUUAUAGUGUUAGAAGUGUUGAAGAAAAUGGUUUGCCAUUAAGGGAAUUGAGCCGGCUUGUUGGAUACACGAGUGCUGAAAAUUCAUGCCUUCCUGUAGUGGACUUUGGUAAUACCAAACCUUCCAACACAGCAUUGCAAGCACAUUUGCAGACACCUAGAAAAGAAGUUAACAGCACUGAACCUGUUCUUUCUAAAGCGUGCAUCUAUAUUGACCCAAAUAUUUCCAGUGAAAUGAAUAAGAAGGUUGUUGAUGCUGCUGCAAGAGAAGGUGCGAACUUUUUGAACCAUUGGUUUGCUGGUUGUCAUGCUACUCAUGUUGUUUGUGAAGGACUUUCUGUCCAGAGAUAUAUGGGCCAUGCGAGUAACCUUAUAACUCCAGUGUGGAUCUUAAAAACAGUACAAGAAAAACAUCUGCAGCGGCUUGUGCACUUAUCCUGUGAUCUAGCUCGUCAGAUUUCCCUGCUUCUGGAAAAUGCUCAGAUUAAUCAUCCUGGACAGGAUAUGGAUAGACUUGCUACAAUUACAAAUACCACAUCUCCUACAUGCCAAGGCACUAAAGAUAGCCUUAUUGAGAGACAGAAAAUAAUAGAUAUGGCCAAACAAGGGGUGAGAAGUCGCCGCAAUCGCCGCAUGCAAUUAUGUCAAGUACCACUUCAUCCCUUCACUCCAAGCAGCAUUUUGGAUUCCAUAUGCUGGUCGGUGUCUGAACCGACAACAUCUGCAUGCAUCUACACAGAGUCCUCUGAAACAGAAGAGUCAAGCAUAAAACAUUCACCUGUUUUUCUUGACGCGAGAGAUGAUGACAAUGAUGAUUCAAGGAACUCCAAUACUUCAUUUGACAACUUCUCACGCCCGCUUAGAGAAAGUGAUAAGAGGGAGGUGAUCUUCAAGAGCCAUUUUCUUACUAUUCUUUUUCCUGUCGAUCGAUUUGGUGAACUGGGACCUUCGGCAAGAACAUUCUUCAGUGACAGUGGUUUUACCUGUAUACAGGUUCUGGAUAUGAUUUACAAUUUUUAUCAGAAAAGAGAAUUUAUCGAAAAACUUGGGAUUCAGGAGAACAUGUCUGCCGAUGAAAUUGCUGCAGCAAUUCACACAGAUUCGAGGCAUGCAGACCGGCUCCGUUCAAUGUAUGCCAGCAAAGAAUCUAUUGAUCAAGAUGUUGUGCCCUUUAAGAGAAUAGACUUCCUGGGAAGUCGAAGAAAUUUAGAAUCACUAAAGCGAGCUGGUGGUGAAAAUAACGGCAAUGUAUAUGAAUUGUUGAUCAGAGCUUGAUAUCUUCCCAUAAAUUGUUGGAAUAUUUAGCUUUGUUCAUGUUGCUGUUGUAUGCUAAUUUUGCAACUUAUACACGUGUACUGAAUCAUGUUUGAAUCUUUAAGUGAAAAUUUUAUGGCUUGUUACAGUGUAC